AGACCCGCGGACUAUAGCUAUCGGGCUGUACUUCAUGGAACUAGCCAACUGUCGCCGACAAAUAUCUUUACAUUUGCUUUUCAGUUUUACCGACAGUCACGUCACUGCACUGCGGCUGCACAGGUUCCACGUCAUCAAGUCUGAAUAGUUGAACAGCUCAGUUACAGCUGCUUGAGACUGCGGCAAAGUAAUUGACUGUUCUCGGGAAUGACCAGGGCAGCCACUCGCAUAACAAUCAUGGCGGACCAUCAAAGUGGAGCUGGAUCACAGCGAACUGACGCCGGGUUGGAUGGGCGUGGAGAAGCGGAGAAAGCACCGCCCAAUCGCACCAAAACUUACACGACUAUAUUUUUGGUAGUGUGUGCAUAUUGGUUCAUCUCUAUCUCUCUUGUUUUCAUCAACAAAUACCUUUUGAGCAGUAAAUCCCUUAAGCUCGAUGCACCUCUCUUUGUGACAUUUUACCAAUGUGUGGUGACUGUCGUGAUGUGUGUCAUACUUAGUGUGCUAGGGAAAGCAGUUCCAAAUAUAGUCUCUUUCCCUCCAAUGAAAUUUGAUUACAAGGUUACCAGAGAGGUGUUACCAUUAUCUUUGGUAUUUGUAGGAAUGAUAACAUUCAACAAUCUGUGCUUGAAGAAUGUUGGUGUGGCAUUCUACAAUGUUGGCAGGUCGCUUACAACUGUUUUCAAUGUGAGUCUUUCAUACUUUGUGCUGAAGCAAACAACCUCUAUGAGAGCCAUCUUAUGCUGUCUUGUUAUCAUCAGUGGAUUCUUAUUAGGUGUCAAUCAAGAAGGAUCAUUAGGUACCUUAUCAUAUCGUGGUGUAAUGUAUGGUGUUCUAGCUAGUCUCUGUGUAUCACUGAAUGCUAUCUUCACUAAGAAAGUACUGCCGGUUGUAGAGAGUAACAUCUGGCGACUCAUGUUCUACAACAACCUCAACGCAAUCGUCCUCUUCCUCCCUCUCAUGCUAAUAUUUGGGGAAUUCUCCAUCAUUCGGACGUUCGAGCACCUGUCCAGUCUUCAGUUCUGGGGUAUGAUGACCGUAAGUGGCGUAUUUGGAUUUGCAAUUGGUUUUGUGACUGGUCUCCAGAUCAAAGUAACCAGUCCCUUGACGCAUAACAUCAGUGGUACGGCCAAGGCGUGUGCCCAGACCAUUCUGGCUGUUACCUACUUCCAGGAGAUCAAAACAUCCUUAUGGUGGAGCAGUAAUUUUAUGGUGCUUGGUGGUUCUGCUUUCUAUACUUAUGUCCGCAAGCAGGAUAUGGAUAGAGAAGCGGUAGAGAAUCAGAGAGCAAAGGCUGAGCUAGAAGAGGCAAAAACACUCACUUCUGUGAAAUCCUAGAUUUACCUUGUAAUAUUCCUCAAGUUCAACAUUCUCUUAUUACCUUGAUUAUAAAGUCUCUUUCUAUUCAAUUUUAUAUGUAGUUCUUUGAUAGUGCCAUGGUAACAAAGUUAUUCACACAUAAAAGUAUAUUUUCAAAACGUUAGUACAAAGGUAACAACUGGAUUUUGACAUAUAUGAUUAUUACCUAUGAAAGGCUGUCUAAAUACAAGUCAUAUUGCAUGCUACUUUCUUUUUGAAACCAAAGCAGUAAACAUUUACCAUGUUGCCCUCUUCUGGGUUUUGCCUAUUAACAUACUGUACAAAUAUAACAGCGUGAAUACCACAUUACACAGUUGGAGGUAAUAAAUAUGAUAAUAUUGCUGGCUCUAUUGGGGUGCAUCAAAUUUUAUUGACCUCAUCAAAGACUCUGGUCAAUAUGAUUCUGUUGCAAGCAAUAUAUUUGUUUUCCUUUCAAGGCCAGUCAAUAUUAUAUUAUAUUUUUGAAAUAAAUCUCCGUAUAUAUAUUUUCUAGACAAAGUGACUAGAUGCUUUGUGAAACACUCAUAUCUCUGAUGUCUUUUCUGCUUUACAAAGAUUUGACUUAUCAAUCAUAACUAUAGAAAGUGAACAAAAUAUCUUGAAUGAAUGCAUUUAUUCAAAUUGUUAUAAAAACACAUUGCUCUGAGUGCCGAUAUGGGUCUUAUAAUAAUAAGCACAUGCAAUUAUGUUAGUGAUUGUCUGUAGCCAAUUUAUGUAUGUUGUAUACAUUCUCGCUUAGAUAAUAAAUCAGAUAUUUUAUACUGUGAUGUAAAGUUCCAUUUGUGCCAAGUAAGACAUCGCUGCAAUGAAUGAAUCCACAUGCCAAUGAUGUCCUAAUCCUACAUGAGUUAGUAAACAUUUUUGCAAAUCCCUUAUCCAUAAAAUUUACUUGAGAUCAAAACUAAAAAGUGUUUAUAAAACAAUUAUCAUUUUAAUAAUUGAAAAGGUGUCUUGAAAUAGAUUUUUGAUGCAACCCUUGUAGGAUUAUGACAUUGAUAUCUGGAUUUAUUAAUUGCAGUCAUGCCUUACUUUGGCUCAAAUAAAACUACAUCACUGCAUAGAAUACACUUACUGAUUAUCCAAGCAUGAAGACAUACCACAUAAAUAUGAUCUUAAAUUAUUUUGGAGAAGAUACUCUUUCUCCCCAUAUAUAAUGAUUAUGUAUUCAUGACAUAUUUUUUCAUUAAAUUGGGAAUGUGUGAGGUGUCACUUUUGUUUACACACACAGCACACAAUAUUAUGACUGAAAAAAAGUGCUGAAUAUGAUCAAAGUGAGAUCUUAUUAUUUUUUUAUACAUUUAGGUCCAGGAUAGCUUGUGUACAUAUGAUAUCCAUCCGCAAUUCUGCUGUAGCAUAAACUAUUAAAAGCUAUAUAUCUGUGUGAAUAUUUGAUUUGUUGAUUAUUUUUGGAAUGAUAUUUACAAUCUUGGGUUUAUUUUGUUGUCUCUCCUGAACAAAGUUUGGCAGAGACAUAGACUAGUAAUCACUUUUCCUGUUAAUCUGUUGGUCUGUUACAAAAAAUGAUAGUUUUCAUUCAACGUGCUUUCAUUUCUUUAUUUCUCCAUGAAUUGAGUUCAUACUUGGUACAUAUGAUCCUUGGGUAAUACCACAUGUGUGUCAAUGAGGAUGAUGGGGCCAAAUGUCAUCUAGGGGUCAAAAGGUCAAAUGAUAAUGUUAAAGUUUGUUUUCAACAUGCUCUCAUUUUUUUUUAAUUUCUGCAUUGUCAGUUAAGUUCAUAGUUGGUUCAAAUGGUCCUUGGGUAAUACCACUUGUGUCUUCAUGAGGAUAAGGUCAAAGGUCAUCCAGGGGUCAAACGAACAUACUGCAUAUUUCAUUGAUUGCGAAAUCAGGGGAGACUUGUGGUUUGCAAACCACCUUGUUUUGGUUCUUCUCAUGUCUCAAAUGAAUUUUCCUUUAUUUCUUAAUACUCUGUAUUGUAACUUCCUUCUAGUGCAAUUUUGUAACUGAAUAUUUUUUAUUUCUAUAUAUGGUUUGUACUAAAAUUAUAUAUUUAUGUUCCUUUAUACAUGUUUGUAUAUGUUUUACUUCUCUCAUUAUGGCAUUGUCCUAUUGCAGUUAAAAUCUUAUAUAUUUAGUUAUGUAUGAAAUAUUGUAAAUGUGUAAUCUUCACUAGUCAUUAUUUUUCUCAUUUAUAUCUUUAAUAUUUUCCUGUCAUUGGUUUUCUUAUAAGGAAUACACAGAAUCGUAAUCAAAAGGGUUUCUUUGUAUACAAUUUAAAAACAUGCAUUUUAUAGGGUUGUAGCCACUAAAGAAAAAAAUAUUUAUAUAACAUUCUUAGAGGUACUAUACUUAUAUGUGGCUAAAGCAUUACCUUUGUUAUAAAAAGCAUUUCUGAUGCAUGUUUUAUAUUAUGUGAAGGAUAGAAGAUCAUAUUUGGUAUAUUUUUGUACAUAUUGCACUGAUGAUAAUGACAACAUAUUGGUAAAUUUAAAGAUAUAUAUUGGUAUCAUGAUCCACUGUAAUUCAUGUGAAAAAUGAAUAGGCUUUUUAUAUAUUAAGUAUCAAGUAAUUUGACCCAUAGCAACAAGAGCCUCUGCAUGAUAAUUGUCAACAUAAGAUGCACAUAUUUGUUAUUAAAAAAAGUGAAUCAAUUAUUAAUAUAUGAAUCAUUGAAACUUGAGGGAACUUGUUGAAUUAAUUGACUAAAAACAAAAUCGUCUUUCAUGUACUGGUAUGUUUUGUGGACUUUGUUUUUUUUAAUUUGUUUUACUCUUAAUUAGUCUAGAUGAGCAUCGCUUCAACAAUAUUAUUUUCUGAUUUGAUUGAUUUGGUAUUUCACAUUCCAUGGGUUAUCGCUCUCAAUUCUCUUACUUAAUUUUGAAAUAAUGAACUCAAGUAAAGACAGUCUUAUCCUCAUUUGCAAUAUUUUUUUUUUCUCCUCAGCCAUGAUAUCUAUUUUGGUCAGGAUUACCAGCAUAUGUGCUUUAAUACAGUACAUACACCAUUACACCUUGAGCAAUAACAAUUGCUGGCAUAGCAAUCAUUGCUGUGUGUUGAAAGAGCUACAAUGUUUGGAAUUUAUGCAAUAUUAGCAUAGGUUUCAGUAUGUUUUUUUUUGCACUUUGUUGUCAAAUAUCAAAUAUCAAUAUCAUGAUUAUAGCCAUAUACUUGUUGAUAAUCAAAUGUCUCAAAUCAGUAAUAAGCAUCUGAAAAACAUUCAAUUUUAUAGUGUAAAACAUAUAAUUUGGUUGCUGAUUGUUGGUGAAUUGAUCGAAUGCAUUGAUUUUCAGAGUUAUACUCCAGGCCUAAUAUAAAUUUCAUGUCCUUCGUAGAAAAUGAAAUUAUUGUUUUUGUCAUUUUAUAUUACACAGUUUGCGGUGUUCUCUUUUUUUUUCAUUAAUUUUAUCCACCAUUUAUUAUUUUUACCUGAAGUGCUCUUAAUUCUUUGUAUGAAAUCCCAGUGUUUUUGUAACUUAACCAAUAAAGAUAUCAUUACAGU